AGCAUUUUACGACAGAGAACAGUUGGGAUAUAAAAAGGAGUUCCUUUGCCUAGUGCAUGAUCUGUGGUCGCCUACCCCUCCCCUUUAGAGACCUGCGAAGGCAGCUGUCCUCUUUGCACCAGCAGCAGCCUUCCUCUGGACACUGAGCAAUGCUGUCUCAGCGAUCCCCUCUCUUCCUUUGCUUGCUAGUCCUGUCCAUGGAGUUCUCCAAAAGCAAGGGUGAAUCUCUCUAUGAAAAGGGACCCCUGCAGGUGGAGACUUCAAUAGGAGAGAGUGAGGAGCAGGACUGUCCCGUGUGCAUGUGGAGGAAGCACAGCAAAGAGAUGAGGCUGGAGAGCAUCAAGUCUCAGAUCCUGAGCAAACUUAGGCUAAAGGAAGCCCCUAACAUCACACGGGAGGUGGUCAACCAGCUGCUGCCCAAGGCACCUCCGCUGCAGCAGAUACUGGACCAGCAUGAGUUUCAGGGAGACUCCUUCCAGCAUAAUACGUUCUUGGAAGAGGAUGAGUAUCAUGCCACCACCGAGACUGUCAUCAGCAUGGCACAGGAAACGGACCCGGUGGUCAGAGUGGAUGGGAAUCCUCACUGCUGUUACUUUAACUUUAGCCCAAAGAUCAUGUUCACCAAAGUUGUAAAGGCUCAGCUCUGGGUGUACCUGAGGCCAGUGCAGCACACAUCCACUGUCUAUCUACAGAUCCUUCGCCUCAAACCUGUGACAGAGGAAGGCAGUAAACACAUCCGCAUCCGCUCCUUGAAGAUUGACUUACAUUCCCGUACAGGUCACUGGCAAAGCAUCGACUUCAAACAUGUACUGCAGAACUGGUUUAAACAACCACACAACAACUGGGGCAUCGAAAUCAAUGCCUUUGACCCCAACGGUAAUGACUUGGCAGUAACCUCGCUAGGUCCAGGAGCAGAGGGGUUGCACCCUUUUAUGGAGCUACGCGUGAUGGAGAACAACAAGCGAUCAAGGCGUAACCUGGGCCUUGACUGUGAUGAACACUCCACUGAGUCUCGCUGUUGUCGCUACCCACUUACCGUCGACUUUGAAGCCUUUGGGUGGGACUGGAUCAUAGCCCCAAAACGUUACAAAGCCAACUAUUGUUCUGGACAGUGCGAGUACAUGUUCAUGCAGAAGUACCCCCAUACCCAUCUGGUGCAACAAGCAAACCCACGAGGGUCUGCAGGUCCUUGCUGUACCCCAACCAAAAUGUCCCCCAUCAACAUGCUGUACUUUAAUGACAAACAACAAAUUAUUUACGGGAAAAUCCCUGGCAUGGUUGUAGACAGGUGUGGCUGCUCCUAAGACUUUGGUCCUCUGUCCUCUACUCACUCACCCUCAUCUCCUCUCUUUCUAUCAAGGGUAUCAGCAGACCAAACCUUUGGGACUGGGGAUAGUGCAGUCUUAUGUCCUCAACCUACAUUGCCCUACCCAGGUAAAGGGACCGAUUCCUUACUAUGUGUCUGAUUUCUGCUUUAUACUAAACUUGUCGCAGUAACCAGUGUUACUGAAUAUGGCAUCACAAGAGCUGGGUCUUUACCAUGGGAAUGCCGCAAACAUGCUUACAGCUCCAACCUUGAUGUCUCAUAUCGGGCUAGUUAUCAGAGACCAACCUAUGGGUUAGCUUCAAUACAUAUAUA